GGAAUAGCAGAAGGAUGAAGUCACCCGUGGCUGCAGCCGCUUGAGCAACUUCAUCCCGGGAGGGGGGGACAGAGGGGAUGGGAAGGACGAUGGGGACUGUGGGGGGGGACAGGCGGUGCCCCCCAACUCAGAGUCUCUGCCCUGGGCUGGGGAAUUGCUGCACCCCAAGGUGCCUGUGCUGGGGCAUUUCCAGGAUGGGACAUUUAGGAAGUGAUUUUCUGAAAUCACGGGGGGGUCUCAAGUGCUGUUUGAGCCCACGCCACCCCCCAGGGACCCUCCUCAGCCCCUGGGUGCUGGGUGGUCUCGGUGCCCACACCCCGACGUGGCAGUAGGGCUUGUGUUGGGCCUGUGGCCAAGCCCACUUAUUUUGGGGGUGCCAGCACCCCCUUGUCCCUUCACCAUGGCUCAUCCACGUGGCCAAAGGACAGGGUUUUACCUCCGUCCUCAUGGAUUAAAAAAAAACAAACUCCGCAGCAAACCUCCCUUAGGGCUCCCCCCUUGGCGGGGUUGGGUUGGGAUGGGAUGGGAUGGGAUGGGAGGGGGCUGGGGGGCUGCUCGCCCCUCGCCGGCCUCCUGCUCCCUCCCCAAAUCAGCCCUAACGAGAACAAGCUGGUCCCGGGCUGAGGAGCAGGAGGAGCAGGAGGAGGAGGAGGAGAAGAAGAAGGAGGAGGAGGCGGCGGCUCUAUCCCAGCAAGCAGCAGAAAGAGGCAGGAGGGGUGCGGGACAGACCCCGUCCUCCCGGCUCCCACCCGCACAGCAAGGAGCCGUGUGGCAGCGAUGGGGUGGUGGCGGCUGGUGCCGGUUCUGGUGGCGGUUCUGGUGCUGGCGGUCCCGGCUGGUUCAGCAGCCCCUCGGCACUCCGUGGUGCUGCCCGAGGACGGGAGCAGCGGGGACGGGGAGGAGGUGUCGGCCGUGCCCCCCCUGCCCCGUGUGACACCGGGGAGCGGCCCGACGGCGGGGGAUGCGGUGGGGACCACGGUGACCAACAGCUCGGCAGCGGGGGGGGUGCUGGACGGGCUGGUGGAUUUCUUCAAGGAGUACAUGCUGCUGGUGGUGGUGGUGGGCUCCUUGGCCUUCGUCCUCCUCUUCAUCAUCUGCGCCGCCGUCAUCGUCCGUCAGAAGCACAAAGCCUCCGCCUAUUACCCCUCCUCCUUCCCCAAGAAGAAGUACGUGGACCAACGGGAUAAAGCGGGGGGGCCCCGGGCUUUCAACGAGGUUCCCGAAAAAAACCCCGAGCCCGGAGCCGAGGAGCAGCAGCACCUGGACUGCAACCGGCAGCUGCAGGCAGACAUCCUGACUGCUGCCCAGAACCUCAAACCCCCCCCCAAAACCAACCCCGCUCCCCCCGAGGAGGACGAAGAGGAAGGGAGCAAAAAAUCAGGGGAGAAGCAACCGGCUGAGCCCCCUCCCCCAAAUCCCGGUGCUGAGGAAGCAGUGGGGACGACAGGAGCAGGGGCAGGAAAUUUCAGGACUUCCCAGAGGUUCAUUCCUGGUGGCAGGAGACACAGGGACUGCCAGAGCUGCCCUGUGAGUGACAAACCACAGUGGUGACAACACGUGGCCUCACUCCUCCUUCAGAAAUAAAAAGGCUGUGACAGAGCUGACAGAACCAGGCACUUAUUCCUAAAUGUGGCUUCCAGGGUUUUUCAAAGACCUUUGGUGUGGA